UUAUUUGUUAUAUUUACACCGAUAAGUAUACAUCCAAAAAAAUUGAGAUAUUUCUCGCAUCCCUAUUUUGCAAUACGGUAUCCAAAAAUCCUAUAAUGGUAUAAAUAUUUGUGAUGAAAAUGAAGAAUUAAAUAAGAAUAUUAUUUGCGUUUCGGAAUGUAAAAAGUAUACGUAUAUAAUUACUUUGAACCUAUGCAAGUACUUUUGUUGUUUUUCGCAUUUGAAAAAGACGAGAUAACCAUCUAAUUAUUCAGUUAUACAUACAAAAUGAAAAACAAUAUCCCGGAUAUAACAAGUUGCCAGUUAAUUUUAAAGGCAAAUUCAUUUUAAAAUAACUUUUUAACGAUAAAAACGCCGUUUCAACACAAAAAUGCGGAUCAUAUGAUGGUAUCGGCCAUAUCAAUAACACUUACAUACAAAUUUGAGUAGAGCUCAAUUAUUUAAAAUGGAUAAUCAUUCAAUUUGAAUCUGUGGAUUUAUUACGAAAAUAAAAUAUCCAUAACAACACAAAAUUUAAACUUUGGUUUAAAUCUUUAUAUUACCGCUUUGCAUAGUCCAGAACAGUGAAAAAAUUCUAUAUUGACCAUAAAAUCUGUAUUACUUGCGUGAAGAAUAUCGUCCUAUUUAAGGAGCGCUUGUGGAGAUGAAUUUUUUUCUAAGCGUACUGCUAAUAGCAACUCUCGAAAAAAAAUAUGAUACACAAGUACUGGCAGCAAAUUUAUGGCCCGAUAGAUCUUCUGUACAAAAUGAAUUGGUCAACUUAACUGAUGCAAAUGAGACAAUAAAGGUUGGAAAAAACCUUAGUAAUACUAUUACCAAUAUAGCAAGGUUUGACACCAAAUUGAAUCACUUACUUGUGGACACUAUUACAGGGCGUGUUUUUAUUGGUGGCGUUAACCGUUUGUUUCAACUUUCGCCUGAUUUGGAGCUUUCUGAAACGGUUAAAACGGGCCCACAAAAUGAUUCAGUGGAAUGCAGUAUUCUCGAUUGUCCAUUGAAUGCUGUUCGCAGUCCGACCGACAACCAUAACAAAGUUCUACUGAUCGAUCGUGCUACUUCUCGACUUAUUGCCUGUGGGUCGUUAUUUCAAGGAACAUGUACGGUUCGUAAUCUUCAGAAUGUGAGUAUAAUUGAACACGAAGUCCCAGAUGCGGUUGUUGCAAAUGAUGCCAAUUCAUCAACUGUGGCAUUCAUAGCGCCGGGACCUCCACAGCAUCCGGUAACAAAUGUUAUGUACGUUGGUGUUACAUAUACAAAUAAUUCCCCUUAUCGAAGCGAAAUACCGGCUGUAGCGUCACGAUCUCUGGAAAAAACGAAAAUGUUCCAGAUUGCUUCGUCGGCUGUAACAACAGGAACGAGAACUUUUAUAAAUUCAUAUGCACGUGAAACAUAUUUUGUUAACUACGUUUACGGAUUUAGCUCUGAGCGCUUUUCUUACUUUCUUACCACCCAGUUAAAACAUAGUCACCAUUCAUCGCCUAAAGAAUAUAUAACGAAACUUGUGCGAAUAUGUCAAGAAGACUCCAAUUAUUACUCGUAUACCGAAAUACCAGUAGAGUGUAUAAGUGAAGCUCAAGGUGGCACUAAGUUUAAUUUGGUUCAAGCUGGGUUCCUUGGAAAGCCUAGUUCGGAUCUAGCUCAGAGCUUGGGUAUUACUAUUCAAGAUGAUGUACUCUUUGCUGUAUUUUCGAAGGGCGAUGCAAACACACCGACCAAUAAUUCUGGUCUGUGCAUUUACUCCCUAAAAUCGAUACGCCGGAAAUUUAUGCAAAACAUCAAAUCAUGUUUUAAUGGAAACGGAAUGAGAGGCCUUGACUUUAUAUCUCCAAGUAUGCCAUGUGUAUUGACGAAACUUCAAACUAUAGGCGAAGAUUUUUGUGGCCUUGAUGUAAAUUCUCCAUUGGGAGGAGAGACUCCUAUAACUUCUGUUCCCGUGGCUAUGUUUAAAACCAGACUUACUGCUGUUGCUGCUACCAGCACAAGUGGAUACACUGUUGUCUUCGUCGGUACGUCAGAUGGAUACCUAAAGAAAAUUGUAAUCGAGUCUUCAUUAAUUGCUAAUGAGUAUGCUAGCUUUUCUGUUGAUUUAGGGUCAUCUAUUAAUCAAGAUAUGCAAUUUGACAAUCAGAAUCUUUACAUUUAUGUUAUGUCUGAAUCUAAAGUGUCAAAAGUUAAAGUAUUUGAUUGCACUGAUUACAAAACGUGCGGAGAUUGUUUAGGAGCAAGGGACCCAUAUUGCGGGUGGUGCUCUUUGGAAAAUAAGUGUAGCCCUCGUUCGAGUUGUCAAGACGACGCAAACGAUCCAUUAUAUUGGGUCAGUUACAAAACUGGCAAAUGCACAACAAUAACUAGCGUGGUGCCCCAUCAGUUGCAACGCACAACGGCUCGCACAUUAGAACUGAUAAUAGAUCAUUUACCCCAACUAAAAGAGAAUUUAAUUUGUGCUUUUACUACCGAAGACAAGGCUCUAUUUACCAAUGCUACGAAAAAACGAAAUGGUGUAAACUGCACAACGCCGCGAACUGAUAUGCUGCCCCAAAUUGAACAGGGGAAACAUCACUUUACAGCAAAACUAUCUGUGCGCACCAGAAAUGGUCCUGAUUUAGUAUCAACGGACUUUACAUUUUUUGAUUGCAGCACCCAUUCAUCAUGUACACGUUGCGUGUCAUCGGAAUUUCCAUGUGAUUGGUGCGUGGAGGCUCAUCGAUGCACUCAUGAUACUGCUGAAAACUGUCGAAACGAUAUUUUGGUUACAGGGGUUAGCAGAAUAGGACCAAGUUAUAGAUCCGGGCCCGGAUUUUGUCCUACAAUAAAUGCGACAGGUGACGGAAGUGAAGUACUUGUUGCAGGGGGUACAAGCAAAUCUAUAAAAGUUAAAGUUCACAUAAUUGGACAGUUUAUAGUUCAAACUAGAUUUGUUUGUCAAUUUAAUAUCGAAGGUCGAGUAACUAGUUUAAAUGCUCAACUAUUGGGCGACACCAUCUACUGCGACAACAUGGAAUUUCAAUAUACUUCUAGAUCGCCAAAUUUAACCGCUACUUUUGCUGUCAUAUGGGGUGGUUCUAAACCUUUAGACAAUCCCCAUAAUAUUCAUGUUGUUAUUUAUCGGUGUCGAGAAAUGGCCGACAGCUGUGGAAUUUGCUUAGCUCUACCUGAAAAAUAUAAUUGUGGCUGGUGUUCAUCUACAAAUUCUUGUGAAGUAGAAGAACAAUGCAAUAAAAAUAAAGAAGGUAAAACCGAUUGGCUAAAUCGAAGUGAAAUUUGUCCCAACCCAGAGAUCCAUUCUUUUGAACCCAAAACUGGACCUUGGGAAGGGGGCACAAAUAUAACAAUACGUGGUAUUAAUUUGGGCAAGAAUUAUAAUGAUAUAUAUUCAGGAGUUCGUAUAGCCGGAAUUAAUUGCAUGCCAUUUCCCCAAUACUAUAUCGAUACAAAGCAAAUUGUAUGCACUGUAGAUAGCCCUGGGGAACAGAUAUAUAGAAAUGGUAAAAUUGUUGUUCAAAUAGGAGACUAUCGUGGAGAGUCCCAGGAGGACUAUGAAUUUGUUGACCCGAAAAUUUUGGAUUUCAAUCCAAAAUUUGGUCCUACGUCCGGUGGAACUGAAAUACAUAUAACUGGAAAGCAUUUGAAUGCUGGUUCUCGAAUACAAGCAUCUAUAAACGAUCACUUAGCUUGCAAAAUUUUAAGCGCAGAUUCUACGCAAGCAAUAUGUCGUACAUCACCUUCCCCUGGUAUAAUUGAAGGAAGAUUAAAAAUGUCCUUUGAUAAUGGACCUCGAGAAUUCAAUGACUAUAAUUUUAAAUAUGUACUGGACCCCACCGUCGAAUUUGUAAGUUCUGGACCGAGCGGGCAAAUAAAAGUGCCAAAAGGUAUUCCAGCUGGUGGAAUAAGAAUUUUAGUAAUUGGUACACAAUUUACAAGUAUACAGAGUCCAAACAUUUAUGUAGUGUAUAAUAACGAGAUGUAUGCAAGUCCAUGCCGAGUUCAAUCAGAUAUAGAAAUGGAAUGUUCCUCUCCCGUUAUUGAUCUGGACGGCAAAAUUAUAGAUGCAGAAAAACCAAUUCUACUGGAAUAUGGAUUCCUUAUGGAUAAUGUUUUGCGUGUCCAAAAUUUAUCGAAAAUUAACAAUAACAACUUCGAACUUUAUCCAAAUCCUGAGUACUUUGCGUUUGAGGAGAAAAUUAAAUAUUUUAAAAGUGAAUAUUUAACAAUAAAUGGUCGGAAUCUGGAUCGCGCAUGUAAAGAAACUGAUGUGGAGGUUAGAAUUGGAAACGGAUUUUGCAACAUAACAUCAUUAUCACGACAGCAACUUACGUGUAGGCCCCCUCCUGAAGCAACGGCUACCAAUAGUAUGAAUGGACCCGAAGUUGUGGUUCGUAUUGGAUCUGCUUUACAGUUUCGCAUUGGAAUCCUGAGUUAUGAGUCAUCAAAUAUUAUUUUAGAUUGGGGAGAAAAUGUAAUAUUUGCAGUUAUUGCUACCAUUGUAAUCUUAUUGUUAAUAUUUGUUGCUUUGCUUGUUGCAUAUAAGAAGAAAAGUUCUGAAUCUAAUCGAGUUCUUCGAAACAUGCAAGAACAGAUGGAUAUAUUAGAAUUACGUGUCGCUGCUGAAUGUAAGGAAGCUUUUGCUGAGCUGCAAACGGAAAUGACAGACCUUACAGGAGACCUUACAUCAGGAGGAAUUCCAUUCUUAGAUUAUCGAUCUUACGCCAUGAAAAUUUUAUUUCCCAAUCAUGAGGACCACAUAGUUUUGCAAUGGGAAAGACCUGAACUUCUUCGUAAGGAAAAAGGGCUGCGAAUAUUCGGUCAACUUAUAAUGAAUAAAACUUUCCUGCUUCUGUUUAUUCGAACCUUAGAGUCUAAUCGUUACUUCUCAAUGCGUGAAAGAGUUAACGUGGCUUCAUUGAUUAUGGUAACACUACAAUCAAAAUUAGAAUAUUGUACAGAUAUCUUAAAAACGCUGUUAGGAGAUUUAAUAGAAAAGUGCAUAGAAGGAAAGAGUCAUCCUAAGCUUUUGCUACGGCGAACAGAGAGUGUGGCUGAAAAAAUGUUAAGUGCUUGGUUCACUUUUCUUCUUUAUAAGUUUUUAAAAGAAUGUGCUGGAGAGCCUUUAUAUAUGCUUUUCCGUGCUGUUAAAGGACAAGUAGAUAAAGGACCCGUUGAUGCUUGCACACACGAAGCACGAUACUCCCUAAGCGAAGAGAAACUUAUACGACAGUCUAUAGAUUUUCGACCUAUGAACGUUUACGCAAGCAUCAUACAGCAACCAAUAUUUUGCAAUAAUUUGGAUAUGUUACCUUCGCAUACCGAAAAUGUAUCAGUUAAGGUUUUAGAUUGCGAUACAAUUGGACAAGUAAAAGAAAAAUGUUUGGAAACUAUUUAUAAAAAUAUUCCAUCCAGUCAAAGACCCCGCAAAGACGAUUUAGAUUUGGAAUGGCGUACAGGGGCUACAGGCCGAGUAAUUCUCUAUGAUGAAGACGUAACAUCUAAAACGGAAAGCGAAUGGAAAAAACUUAAUACAUUGCAGCAUUACAAUGUGCCAGAUGGUGCAGGACUAAGUUUAGUACCAAAGCAAAGUUCAAUUUAUAACUUCAGUAUAUUAUCUGAUAAAAAUGAAAAAUCUCACAAGUAUGAAACUCUUAAUAUAUCAAAAUACACAUCCUCCUCUCCGACAUUUAGUCGCGCUGGCAGUCCUUUAAAUAAUGACAUUCAUGAUAAUGGCGUAAGGUAUUGGCAUCUUGUGAAACAUCAUGAUAGCGAUAUGCAAAAAGAAGGGGAAAGAGUAAACAAAUUAGUAUCUGAGAUUUAUUUGACACGAUUAUUAGCGACAAAAGGAACUCUUCAAAAGUUCGUUGAUGAUCUUUUUGAAACCAUAUUUAGCACCGCUCAUCGUGGAUCGGCGUUGCCAUUAGCCAUAAAAUAUAUGUUUGACUUUUUAGACGAUCAAGCUCAAUUACAUGGAAUUACUGAUCCAGAAGUCGUACAUACUUGGAAAAGUAAUAGUCUACCAUUGCGAUUUUGGGUGAACUUAAUUAAAAAUCCGAAUUUUGUUUUUGACAUACAUAAGUCAAAUAUAGUGGAUUCUUGCCUGUCAGUGGUAGCUCAAACAUUUAUGGACUCUUGUUCAACAUCUGAUCAUAGAUUGGGCAAAGACUCACCAAGCUCAAAACUUUUAUAUGCUAAAGAUAUUCCGGAGUAUCGCAAAUGGGUAGAUCGAUACUAUAGAGACAUUCGAGAUAUGUCUCCGAUAUCGGAUCAAGAUAUGAACGCAAUGCUUGCCGAAGAAUCAAGGCUGCACACCACGGAAUUUAAUACAAAUUGUGCUCUGCAUGAACUGUAUACUUAUGCUGUAAAAUACAAUGAACAGCUAACCGUAACUCUAGAGGAAGAUGAGUUUUCACAAAAACAGCGUUUGGCUUUUAAAUUAGAGCAAGUUCACAAUAUAAUGUCGGCUGAAUAAGUCAUAACAUACGUGGUUAAUAAAAAUAAUUGAGUGAGCUCUUAUAUGACAUUCUCAAUAAACAAUUCAUAUUUCAAAAAAUUUAGCUUAUCAUCGAAUUAUUUCCACCUAUAGUAUUUUCUUAAUGUUUGCUUUAAUGGCGAUAUGACAUUUUAUAACGAAUAUAGAUAUUCUUAUAUUCUUUAGAAUAACACUUCAGAUCUUUUAAUGUUAAAUAAAACUGUUUAAAGGAGAAUUUCAUUUUUAUAGUUGAAAUCAAUAGAAUAUUCAAUACUUUUAUAUCUUUUUUAAAGACCUGAUCCAAACUGAGAAAAUAAGUCAUUUUAAAUUCAAUAGAGAUAAUCAGAAAUCAGUAAAGAGAUAACCCAAUUAAUAAUAAAAAAAAAAUAGAUUCAACGUUGAACAAAAUUGUAUGUUCGUUUAUACUUUGUAAAACCCCUGCCGACCAUUAAUUUUCUCAUUCAUUUAUAGGCAAUUCCAAACAUUAAUUUCUAAAACAUUUAUAUAAAAAAUGUAUAAUAUAUGUAAAGUUUAUUUAAAAAUGUGAACGAUUUUAAUGUAAUUUUUACAAUCAAUAAUUUUUUUUUUGUCAAUUUCCGAAUAAAUGUUAGGCCCGGCAGAGUGAUUUUAGAGAGUAAGUUUUAAGAAAUUUCCAAAUGAAAACUAUGAUUUUUUAAAUUUUCCUUAAGGAAAUUUCAUACGCAAUUUCCUAUGUAAAGAAAGAUUUUUAAAAUUGACUACAUGUUUAGUUUUUCUAGAUUUACGAAAAUCAAACAACAAUUCCUUACUCGUCUUUUGGAAAGCUACAACAAAGGAAAGCUAACUUCGGGCGGAGCCGAAGUUUAUAUACCCUUGCAGCUUUAAUUAUUAUAUAUAUAUCGGAUCGUAUAUAGUUGGCCGAUUCUUGUCAAAAUUUCUUUGAUUCGAUAAUCAAUUUUCGAAUAAAAAUGUUGGAAAAAACCCCAAUCAUCUUUAAAAAUAGCAGGGUUGUGCCAUUUCCGAUCGUUCAGUUAUAUGGCAGCUAUAGGAUAUAGUCGGCCGAUCCUUAUGAAAUUUUGAUCGAAUCGGAUUACUUUGCCCAAAAUGGAAUCUGUACCAAGUCCCAUCUUUCUAACUUAAAAAACAUCAAAGUUAUGCCAAUUCCGAUCGUUCUAUGACAGCUAUAGGAUAUAGUUGGCCGAUCCUUUUGAAAUUUUGUAGAUUAGAUAUUUUGGCCAAAUAUAACGUAAGUGGAAAGUUUUAACCCUCUUACUUAAAAACACUAAAGUUAUGGCAUUUCCGAUCAAUCAAGCUGCCAUAUAACUGCUAUAGGAUUUAAUCGAAGGAUGUGUGCAAAGUUUCAACUCGAUAGCUCUAAAACCGAGAGACUAGUUUGCGUAGAAACAGACGGACAUGCUCAUAUCGACUCAGGAGGUGAUCCUGAUCAAGAAUAUAUAUAUAUUUUAUAGGGUAGGAGAUGUAUCCUUCACUGCGUUGCACACUUUUGACCAAAAUUAUAAUACUCUCUGCAAGGGUAUAAAAAGGAGAUGAAAAGGAAUAUUGAAUGAUUUUUGUAUAUAAGAAAAUAAAUUUUUUAAUAAAGUUUUUAAUAUAUUUGAAAAUAAUAUGGCUGUGCCAAUUUUUUUUUUAAUCCAAUUAUAAAUAAUUUGAAAAAAAAAGAAGAAGCGGUGCCAAUACCACACAUUCUUAUAAAAAAUAAUUUAUAAAGUUUCAUUGAAAUGUCAUGUAUGUCUCUGCUCUCAUAAUGAUAAAAAAAAAAAAUUAUUGUAUGUAUGUAUUCGAUGUAAGUAAAUUUAUAUACGAUUUUAUAGUAAGUAUAGUAAUCAAAUACAAAUCGACUGAAUUUAAUUUAAACUAUUAAUAGUUUCCUACAUAUACAUAAAAAAUAGUAAUAUCACAUUCCUAUUGUUUCAAUUUGUUUUACCAUAUUUUUCGAAUAUUCGUGAAUUUAAAUAAUAAAGUUCAUUGCAAUGUUUAACGAAAUCUAAAUGUCAGUUUAGGAAACAAAAUGUGUAUUUUUCUAAUUUUUAAAAUAAGUAUUACUUAAAAUAACAUAAAAUCUAAUUUAAAAAAUAAUCGCUUAUCCUUUUAUUUCAUAAGCAUUAACAACUCAGUAAAUUCACCAUCGUGCAUAAAUUAUGGAGAUGUAAUAAUAUUAAAAACAAUUUAUUUUAAUAGAAUUAUUUGUAAAUAAAGAAUCGUCCAUUGGAGGAACUGUUCGAAUGUAUAAUGUGGUUCCUCCAUAAAGGAAAAGAUUUUAUGUAAAUUGUUUCAUGAAAUGUAAACCAUAAUAAAAAUGAUUUUUAAUGUUUAUUUUAA